AGAGAGAGAGAGAGAGAGAGAGAGACGGGGAGGUCGAGGCGGUGAGAAUGUACUGUAGCUCGGACUGGGAAGAGCCAAGGUUGUCGGGCCACUUUCGCAGUUUCUCCUCGCUCCCGUCUGAACUAACCCCCGUCUCUCCCCUUCAAGACGGCGUCUGAAGCGUGCGGCAGCGGCUGCGUAAACACUGAACGCGGAGCUCAGCUGGAGCUCCACUGCAGUGUUACAGUUACUCAUGUAACGAGGAUGUCCAGUGAAUCGACCAGUGGCACCUGCUGCAUGAGGCAAUAAUUGGAGGAGAUUUUGCGGUCACAAUCCAGUGUUUUGCAAACAAAACACAAAUUCAUUUCCAUGGAAAUGCUGUCCCAGGCUGGAGGGGGAAGUUGAUGAGGGAAAGUGAAAAAGACAAGCCAUUUACAAGGAAAACAGGUGGUCUGCAGGGGCACUGGGUGUUGUAUAGACCCGACACACUGACUGUUUUCUAUAAAGAAGGACGGCUCAAACACAGACACACCUCUGAUGCCUCUGGCCAGUCUGAGCUCAUGGUGUGUGCUUGCUGGGAUAAACUAGUGGCCUGGCCAGAGAGCUCAGUGUUGCUACACACAACAAAGCCCACACAGGAUGUCAUGGGCCAGAAGCCUCUUCGUAGGCAGAGCGGAUGAGCGGAAGACUGCAUGGGGAGAACGAAAUGGCAAAAAGAGGAAAGACAGUUCAUCACUGUGCAACCCACACUACAUGAGCUGCCUGAGGGACCCUGAGGACCUGGAGCUCCCUAAUGCGACCCCCCAGCAUUACCACAGCGGAGCAGGCACCAGCGGGCGCAGUUUUGGCCUGCGCUGUGGCUGGCAGGAGGACCACUACGGAAAAAGGAUGGGAGGCGGUGGCGAUCUGGGUCUAAAGGCUGUUGACCUGGGUUUUGAAGAUGGUGAACUAAAGGGCACAAAAGAAGAGGAAUUAGCAGAGGGCAGCUGCAAGACAAUGACUGCAGCAGACUGCUGGAUGAAGGUUGUGUGGGUUUUCCAGUCCAAGAAAUUUCAAUCCGCCAAGCUGGAGCGUCUGUACCAGCGCUACUUCUUCAGGCUCAACCAGAGCUCUCUGACAAUGCUGAUGGGGGUGCUGGUGGUGGUGUGUGGGGUCAUGCUGGCCUUUCACUGCAUCCACACCGCCCCUGAUGUGGCAUACGUCUCAGUACUCUCCGUGGCCAUGGCUCUUUUCCUGGCCAUGAUGGUGGUGUGCAACCGCAACGGCUUCCACCAGGACUACAUGUGGAUUGUGAGCUACCUGGUGAUCGGGGUGCUGAUUGUAGUGCAGGUUUUUGGAGUGCUGAUGGUGUACCCCUCGAGUGCCUCAGAGGGCAUCUGGUGGACGGUCUUCUUCAUCUACAUUAUCUACACGCUGCUUCCAGUCAGAAUGAGAGCUGCUGUGGUUAGUGGAGCUGUGCUGUCCACCAUACAUGUCGUGACAGCCUGGCAACUCAACCAAGAGUACAAGUUCGUUUUCAGACAGAUCAGUGCCAACGUUCUGAUCUUCCUGUGCACUAACAUGAUUGGGAUCUGUACCCACUACCCUGCUGAGGUCUCCCAGAGACAAGCUUUCCAGGAGACGAGAGGAUAUAUUCAGGCCAGACUGCACCUCCAGAGGGAAAACCAGCAGCAGGAGCGCCUAUUGCUGUCAGUGCUGCCAAGGCACGUUGCCAUGGAGAUGAAGGCUGAUAUCAAUGCCAAGAAGGAAGAUAUGAUGUUCCACAAGAUCUAUAUCCAAAAACACGACAACGUUAGCAUACUGUUUGCAGACAUCGAGGGCUUCACCAGCCUGGCUUCUCAGUGCACAGCCCAGGAGCUGGUCAUGACGCUGAACGAGCUGUUCGCUCGCUUCGACAAGCUGGCCUCGGAGAACCACUGCCUGCGUAUUAAAAUCCUAGGGGACUGUUACUACUGUGUGUCAGGACUGCCUGAACCCCGGGCUGACCACGCCCAUUGCUGUGUUGAGAUGGGAGUAGACAUGAUUGAGGCCAUCUCGCUGGUGAGAGAGGUGACGGGUGUUAAUGUGAACAUGCGGGUGGGCAUCCACAGCGGGCGCGUUCACUGUGGGGUGCUGGGCCUACGCAAGUGGCAGUUUGACGUCUGGUCCAAUGACGUGACACUCGCCAACCAAAUGGAGGCCGGGGGGAAGGCUGGGCGUAUCCACAUUACAAAAGCCACUCUGCAGUAUCUGAACGGGGACUACGAGGUGGAGCCGGGAUUUGGAGGAGAGAGGAAUGCUUACCUGAAGGAGCACGACAUUGAAACCUUCUUGGUGCUGGGCUGCAGCCAGAAGAGGAAAGAGGAGAAAGCCUUGAUGGCCAAGAUGCAGCGAACACGUGCAAAUUCUGCCGAUGUAUUGAUGCCACGCUGGGUGCCUGACAGAUCUUUCUCCAGAACCAAGGAGUCCAAAGUCUUCAGGCAGAUGGGCAUCGAUGAAGCAUCCAGCAAAGACAACCGGUGCGCUCAGGAGGCCCUAAACCCUGAGGAUGAGGUGGAUGAGUUUCUUGGACGGGCCAUCGAUGCACGCAGCAUCGACCAGCUGAGGAAGGACCACGUCAAGAAGUUCCUGCUCACCUUUCAGACCGCUGAACUUGAGAAAAAGUACUCCAAAAAGGUUGAUGAUCGUUUUGGGGGAUAUGUGGCCUGCACACUCCUUGUUUUCUGUUGCAUCUGUUUCAUCCAGAUUAUCAUUUUUCCUAGAACAACGCUUAUGCUUGGGCUUUACAUCAGCAUCCUCAUCAUCCUCGGCAACAUUCUCUUCAUCUGUGCCAUCUACUCCUGCAUCAAACUCUUCCCAGCUGCCUUGCAGACUGUAACCAAGAAAAUAGUCCAGUCUCGUGCAAACAGCACAUUGGUGGGCGUCUUCACCAUCCUCCUCCUCUUCAUUUCCUCCUUUGCUAACAUGUUUACCUGCAGCAGAGAGAAACUGCAGGACUGUGUGGCCGACGAGCUGAACACAUCCUCUGUGACUCUCUGUCUGCUGCACAACCUGACCAAGACAGCAGAGGAUGGUUUGACUCUGUGUUCCAGCCAGGCCAUGCCCUGCCAUUUCCCAGAGUAUUUCAGCUACAGUGUACUGCUGACCCUGCUGGCCUGCUCCGUGUUCCUCCACAUCAGCAGCAUAGGGAAGCUGGCUCUGAUGCUGUUCAUCCAGCUCACUUUCCUCCUGCUGGUGGAGUGGCCUCAGGUGGCCCUGUUUGACAACGCAGACCUGCUGGUCAUUGCCAACACCCUGCAAUUAUCACCUGUUAAUGAUUCCCUACAACAGCCUGCUUAUAAUGAAACUGCUGAACAGUGCCUGGAGAACAUGACCAAGGUAUCCCUAAAGGUCAUGACCCCUGUAAUCCUGACCGUGUUUGUUCUGGCUCUCUACUUGCACGGCCAGCAGGUGGAAUCCACUGCACGCCUUGACUUCCUCUGGAAGCUCCAGGCCACAGAGGAGAAGGAGGAGAUGGAGGAGUUGCAGGCGUAUAAUCGCCGCCUGCUCCACAACAUCCUGCCCAAGGACGUGGCCGCCCACUUUCUCGCACGUGAGCGUCGGAAUGACGAGUUAUACUACCAGUCAUGUGAAUGCGUCGCAGUCAUGUUUGCCUCCAUCAGCAACUUCUCUGAGUUUUACGUGGAGCUGGAGGCUAAUAACGAAGGGGUGGAGUGUCUCAGGCUGCUCAACGAGAUCAUCGCUGAUUUUGACGAGAUCAUCAGUGAGGAGAAGUUCCGUCAGCUGGAGAAAAUCAAGACCAUCGGCUCCACCUACAUGGCAGCCUCUGGCCUCAACGACUCCACCUACGACAGAGAGGGCCGUUCACACAUCCUGGCUCUGGCUGACUACGCUAUGAGGCUUAGGGAGCAGAUGAAAUACAUCAACGAACACUCUUUCAACAACUUCCAGAUGAAGAUAGGGUUGAACAUGGGGCCAGUGGUGGCAGGAGUGAUUGGAGCCAGGAAGCCCCAGUAUGAUAUCUGGGGGAACACAGUCAAUGUGGCCAGCAGGAUGGACAGCACAGGAGUACCAGACUACAUUCAGGUGACUACAGACCUACAUCACGUGCUGGUCAGCAACGGAUACAAGCUGGACUGUCGAGGGGUUGUCAAGGUGAAAGGGAAGGGAGAGAUGACCACUUACUUCCUCACCAGCGGCCCCACGGGCAGUUAACAAAAGAGACGAGGACCACAGUGACUCCCACUGCACCGACAAGACAGAGACUGAGAAUGAGUGGUCAGCUCGGUGACGAGCACCGAGGCCAGGUGCAAACACACUGAGGACAGGAGACGGCCAUCGUCGACGAGCUCGGCCUGUCUGUGUGUUGUCACAUACUCAGAUGCACCAAUGUAGGACUUUGUCCAUGUUUGAAGGCUUUUUUCCCAAGCUGCUCGAGAGCUCACGAAGCCCAGUUGCCUUAGAGCGGAAGUGGAUAUGCUUGUGUUUAUGAGCAAGAGUACAAGUAUUUCAUCUGGAGUUGUUAUUUAUUUUUGUGCGGAUGGAAUUUUUUUGAUGACCUUGUACAAAAAAGAAAAGCUAUAUAUACAAAAACACAAAAUAUAUGUUACCUAAAGCAAAAUAUGCAAGGACAACUUGAAGGAUGAAAAUGACCAAAGAACAAAUGUUUGAAAUGAAACACACACUAAUGACUCUGUACAAAAGUACAGUGACUUUGAGUAAUUUAUUCGUCUCUUGACAGCAAAGGCCACGGUAAUGUCACUGUCAGUGAUAGUGAGGAAUGCUUUUUUUUUGUUGUGGACUUAUUCAUGAGGAGAACACACACACACACACACACACACACACACACACACACACACUAUAACCUUGGCUUGGACUGGCUGUGUUUCUUAUCAGGGCCUUCUUUGUUUCUACCAGCCUGUGAUUAGCCGCAGUCUGGACACAGGGAUGGCGGUUACUCACUUCCUGCAGUGUAUUUUUGAUUCAAGCCAAAAACACUAAGCAUGAAACGAAGGAAGAACCGUUGCAUUGGUAUCACAGUACUGAAGAGAAACUGUUAACAUUUUAUAUAAGUGUGUGAGUGUGUGUCUGAGAGAAUACCGUUUGGGUGUGUGUGUGUUUAUGUGUGGGUGUGAGCACACGUAGCUGAUUGCUGAUCUUUAUCUAUAAAGGGGCAUACUGUAACUUUUCACUGUGAGGUUUUUAUGAUACUGUAUGACAAUGCUUUCUUGCCAAACUGGUUGCUGCAAGGCAUGUUUUCUAUUAUUCUUCGGAGUUGGUGUGCCCGUUCCUGAUUCCUUGUGUCAAAAUGAUCCUUCGAAGAGAAUUCUGUCGGCGGCAUCUUUUACUGGACUGUGAUUUUGACUGAUUUCAUUCCAAACUGAAUAAGCAAAAAGCCUAUGAAAUGUAUAUUUUGGAUUGUGUUACAACGUGUGAAGGUAAACUGGUUUCCCGACAGCUUCAGGAUUAACUACAUGCAGGCUUUCUGCGUCUGCUCACAAAUAUUGCCUUGAGAUUAUGCAGUUCCAAGGUCCACAUGCUUCACGGACCAAUAUUACCAAUAUACACAACUUUACAUAACAGUAUUUGACUCUAGCUGGUUGUAUUUGGCACAUGGAGGCUUGAAACCCAAACUAAUUAUUCAAAACAAUAAUGAUAUGAAUGUAAUAUGUAAUAAUGAAGAUUUUUGUCCACAAUGAAACUACUACUGAAGAAAACCUCUUUACAUUGCCUUUGGUACUGAGGGAGGACCUUAAUCAUUGUCCUAAAGGCCAGAUUGAUUAAACUUCGUGUUUGCUGAAAAGUGAAGAUGUAUUUAAUGGGUAAUUAGAUGAACUUUACACCCAGUGUUGGCAUGCUCAGUUUUCUGUCUGAGUCUAAAAAUGCUGCCUUCAUAGGCUACAUGAAAAGAUCCUCACUUUUGUUUAUCCCUCUGUGUCCUUAAUUUGUAAGGUCAACUUAGCACUGUUCCAUUUUCCUUUAAAAGGUGGCAGAGGUUAGGAAAUAGUGCAAUGAUUGAUUGGAUUAUUUCUCCUUGGAUAAGACAUUAAUAAAUGGCUGUUUUUGCAGUGA